AUGGGUCAGGCUCACUCGUCUAACGGCGAUACACCACAGAAUCAGGGACAGAACAAGGUCGACUACUACGAAUUACUCGGCGUUGAGCGUCAAGCAUCUGACGACGAAAUCAAAAAGGCAUAUCGCAAGAAAGCGCUCGAGCUACACCCAGACCGAAAUUAUGGCAACGUGGAACACGCCACAAAGCUGUUUGCCGAGGUCCAGUCCGCUUACGAAGUUCUCUCAGAUGCGCAGGAAAGAGCGUGGUAUGAUUCGCACCGAGAUGUCUUCCUUGGAGCCUCUCAGUCAGGCCAGGAGACACAUGAUGAGUUCUUCUAUAACAUACGAAUGACCACGGCAGACGAUGUUCUCAAAUUCACGGUGAAAUACCAUAGGCGAACGGAUUACAGCAAUUCAAGCGCUGGAUUUUAUGGUGGACUGCGGGAAUUCUUUGGUCAGCUCGCGAAAGAAGAGGAGAUCGCCUGCAAAUGGGAGAAUAUGGAACCGGUGGAGUAUCCUGACUUUGGACAGAAAGAAGAUGACUACAACGAUGUGGUAAGACCAUUCUACGCCGCAUGGAACGCCUUCGCUACAAGGAAAAGCUACUCUUGGAAAGACGCCUAUCGUCCUUCGGAUGCACCUGAUAGACGGGUCCGCCGGUUGGUGGAAAAGGAGAAUAGAGGUCUGCGUGAGCAGGCUAUCCGGGAGUUUAAUGACGCUGUGAGAGCUCUGGUUGCCUUCGUACGGAAGAGGGAUUCCCGAUACCAAGAAAAUCAGAAAUCUGAGGAGCAGCGUCAGAAAUCUCUACGCGAGGCAGCAGCUGCACAGUCUGCACGCUCCCGCGCUGCUAGGCAGGCAAAGUUGGAUGAACUCGAUCAAGUGAAUCUACCUCAGUGGGCAGAGCCAACUAGGGUUGAUGAACGCGUGGGAGGCUUUUCCAGUGGAGAAGAUGUAGAGCAGCUCGAAAUCGAAUGUGUCGUUUGCAACAAGACCUUCAAAAGUGAAGCACAGUACGCGGCUCACGAACGGAGCAAGAAGCACAUCAAGCUUUUGAAGCAGUUGCAGCAAGAUAUGAGAAAUCAAGAUCAGCAGUUUACAGAAGAUGGCAAUCAGUCAGCAGCCGCCAAACCUAUCCAUCAGACAGUAUCCAGUUCUGCGGAAGAAGAAGCAGGGUGCCUGAACAAGGUGCCGUCUCUUCCAGACCAGCAUAUUGGUUCGGAUCUUGGACGAGAAAAGCUCCUUGACGAGGACAAAACCCCCGUAGGGAACUUGCUUGCCUCCAAUGGAAGUUUAAGUAGUGGAUCAGACGGCAAUGACUAUGCCCCUCGAUCCGAAGUUGAGAGCCGGCUCGUCGAUCUAGAAGCGGAGAUCUUAGCAGGUGGGCUGGACACCACCGCCAUCAAAGACACCACCAGCGCAUCCGACAGCGAUGCUCCUUCUAAACCUAAACUGGGGAAGGCGAAACAGAAACGAGCAAAACGUGCGGCCCAGAAGGACGCUGGAGCAACUAAAUCAACUACCUCGAGUUUCAGCUGUGCUGUCUGCCAGGCUGAUUUCGCAUCCAAGACAAAGCUCUUCAACCAUAUCAAAGAGAGAGGUCAUGCGGCGCCAGCAAGUGUCACUGGAUCCAAGGGGGGGAAAGGUAGCAAGGGAAAGAAGGCAUGA